AUGCUUCAUCUUCGCUUCCCGAUUUUUGCCGUCUUUGCCAUCAUAGGAGUUGUGUUCUCCGGUGAAAUCCAUGUGGCCGUAGGGCAGCUAUGUGGCGGUGACGUUGGAGGUCUUAUAAGGCAAUGCUCAACUUAUGUGGAAAAGGGUAAGCCGAUGACAAAUCCAUCUCAAGCAUGCUGUGAUUUGAUAAAGAAGGUGGACAUUCUAUGUGCCUGCAAGCACGUGACCAAGGAGCUGGAGGAGUUGGUUGACAUGAAAAAGGUGGUUCAUGUCGUCUCCUACUGUGGCAUACCUGUUCCUCAUGGAAUGAAGUGUGGAAGUUUUACAGUUCCAGGGAGUGGUUGA